AUGAAGUCCUUAUCACCAGCUCUCGCGUCCCUCGCGAAUGUCUUCAAGAUCCCGAUGUCCAUGGCGCCGGUCCGCCCAUCAAUUACCCGGGCCUGCCACGAGACCCUGAACCGCCAAACACAGCCCGGCCCAGUCACAGCAGCCCUGCAAUCGGCGCCAUUCUCUACCACCAGCGCAAUGGCCGCUAGAAAGGGCAAUCCUAAUCCAACCGACAAGCGCAUUACUCUGAUCCGCUACUUCCUCCACCACCCUCUCACCCCUCGUCCCCUCCGCUUCUCUCGUAACCGUUAUCUCCGCCACUGGACUAUCCACCGCGCGUGGCAACUGUUCAAGGCCCAGCAGCGCCGCAAGCAGGAACUUGAGCUCAUGCGCCAGUACCAGAGUAUGCACGAUGCCUGUGAGGAGCUGCGCACCGGUGCUGGUGAUGGUGGCAAGCUGUUCCGUGUCUCGAUGAACAAGAAGGGUGUUUUCACUGAUAUGUUCCCUAUCGAGUAUGCUCGUAUGCAGACUGAGUCUCCUCCUGCUGAGGGCUGGAACUAUGACUGGAAGAAGCCUGGACAGAAAUAG